AGCACUCCAUCUCCAUCUCUUCCCCAAGCGUGGAACCCGACGAAGCAACAAAACCGUGGACUAGCACCGCCGGUAUUCCGUUCCCAAAUUCCACAGAUUUCCACUACCCACUCCCAGUACUUAAGCCGGCGACCAACACAGCAGAAUCCCAACUCCCAGCCGCACUCCCACACCAAACGGGGGAGAAUCAGGCUCCCUUUCCGUUUCUUGAGAUCUCAGCCAAACCUGAACACUGUAAUCUCCGCAGCAGCAUCGCCUGACCGAGAGAUAGUAUAGCAAAGGCGAUAGUUCAGAUCAUCAUCAAACAUGUCACUCCUUUCAAAAUUACGGUUGGUCACUGUGGAUGUGACUGGCACUCUUAUUGCUUACAAAGGCCGGCUUGGUGAUUACUACUGUAUGGCAGCCAAGUCUGCUGGAAAGCCAUGCCCUGACUAUAACCGAAUGCAUGAAGGCUUCAAGCUUGCAUACACUGAGAUGGCUAGAAAGUACCCAUGUUUUGGGUUUGCGGCAAAGAUGCCAACGAUCGAAUGGUGGCGGAUUUGUGUCAAGGAUUCGUUCGUUAAGGCUGGCUAUGAUUACGACGAUGAGACAUUUGAGAAAGUCUUCAAGCGUAUUUAUUCUGCUUUCGGCUCCUCUGCACCAUACUCGGUGUUUCCUGAUGCACAGCCCUUCAUGAGAGGGCUGAGAGAAAAGGGGAUCACAGUUGGGAUCGUCAGCAAUGCAGAGUAUCGUUACAAAGAGGUCAUCUUGCCUGCAUUGGGGCUGAAUCAGGGCUCGGAAUGGGACUUCGGGGUGUUUUCGGGAAUUGUUGGUGUUGAGAAGCCUGACCCAACGCUCUUCAAGAUUGCGCUGGAAAUGGCAGGGAACAUCGCACCAGAAGAGGCACUCCACAUAGGCGACAGCAUGCGCAAGGACUAUGUCCCUGCAAGGAGUAUUGGGAUGCAUGCACUACUCCUGGAUCGAUUCAAGACUGCUGACGCCGAGAGCUGGAAGCAGUCCGGUGCGCCGGUGCUCCCGGAUCUGGAAGCUGCUGAAGCAUGGCUCACCAAGAAGCCGAAGGAGGAAUCUGAGGAGGAACCAUUAGCAGCUGCACUGCUGCGCAGGAUGUCCGAGAAACUCUGAAUUUUGCCCCCUGGAAAGUUCCUUAUGUGCUCUUGCUGUGGAGUGAGGGAUCCAAAGAAACGGCUGUGUUGUAGUAACGUGAAGAAAUAGGCUAGUUUCAUUAUCUGGAGCUACUCCCUGUCUCUGGUAGUAUUUGCUUCCAGUACAGCAAUUCAGCAUGUGCCGGACAUGUUUCAGCCAAGAAUAAUCAUGAUUAGGUGGAUCGUGUUUCAGCCAACAAUAAUCAUGGUUAUAUCAAGUAUUACUCA